AUGGCUGACCGUCAAUACCACCAAUAUGAGCCCGAAAGGGACCACGGAGCUCACGCCCCCGAAGCCGUCGAUAUGAUGUCGCCAAUGACGCCUGGGUCAAACAUCGAGAGGGAAUUGCAGAAGCAGUACCAGUCGCAGCACCAGUCACCACACGGACAAUACCAGCCAUCGCUACGCUCGCCUAUGACGCCCGACGAUACGGAAAAGGAAGCAGUUUUCCAUGAGGACGAUGGCCUACAUGUUGUUCCAUCAGAGCACGCAGCUCAAUAUCCAGAGACAGCCACUACAGCAAGCCCGCCUACACCUUCGAUAGCCAAGGACAGUAUUCCGACGCCCGUCCUUCCCGACGCGAAGCCUGAAAGCCAGUCCCUCCCGCCGGAUCGUGACGCAGGGCUAGAGCCCGUAGCCCAGAAACCGGAAGAAAAGAAGAUCUUUGGUAUUCGUCGCAAGAUAUUUAUACCUCUUGCCGUCGUCCUGGUUUUGAUCAUCGCGGCCGCUAUUGGCGGUGGCGUUGGUGGGGCCGUUGCGUCUCGAAACUCAAACGGCAAGAGCGACUCUUCAACCACUUCCAGCAGUUCUUCCACCGUUCCAUCAUCAACUUCAUCCACGCCCGCUUCAUCAACCUCCUCGAGCGCCAAUCCAACAUCCACUUCGUCCAUACGCUUCCUCAACAACCAGACCUGGCCCCAAGGCAGCACAUUCGCCUUCCAAGGCUUCUCGAGAGACAACUUCACGGGCGUGGCCUCGGAAAUCAUCACCGGCGAUGGCGGCUCAGAAUUCGGCGUCGACUUUAAGUUUGAUCUUCAUUCCUAUAUUUGGGUUCCCAAUAUCGGCAAUUGCUGCAUCAAUUUCUGUGCGAAUAGCACGAAAACCGGUAGGACUGGAUAUCGUUGCGGUAAAGUGAGCAAGGAUAAGGCGAGUGGCCCAGUGCCGAGAAUUAAAAUAUGGUGUUCGGACACGCAUAGCGAUGAGAUUGCGGAGGCAAGAGGGUGCGAUACGCCAAAGACCAGUUGA